CUUAGCCGACAAAUAUCUCUCUCCAUUCCCCCGUGGGGGAGAGAGUCACCGGGAAGGCCUUGGCAAAACAACUCCCGCGGGAACAAACGACAUCCUCGCUAGAGAGUGUGUUUCCCCCGCAAAGCAGAUUCGAGACCGCAUGUUACUGGGGUUCUCCGCGUCUUGCCAAGACUAAGUUAAGGUUAUGCGUAACCUUAAUGGGGAUAACGCUAGGGGGGGCGAUGAAUUUUCAGUUCCGCACUGCGGCUGACUCGCCAGUACCCAGAUUCUCAGAGUAGCAAACAACAUGACGAGAAUCCUGCCAAGCUGUGUAUAAAAGUCUUGGUAGAUCCUACCCCAGAUUUCCCUUCUUGCCCAGACUCAUCCUCAUCCAUCCAUCUCCAGCCCAGUUCCACACAGCUACCCACCAGCCAAGUGUCUUGGAAACAAGAAUCGCCCAGCAUGACUGUUUCGCAGAAUAACGAGACCGCCUCUCACAAUGAGGACCGCUUCGAUGAGAAGGCAGAGGUCGCGGCUGUCGAGAAUGCCAUUUCCUCUCCUGUCGGACAUAUUCCUCCCAUUGAGAUUCAAGCUCGUUUCCCUCUCCUGCGCGAUCUCUCUCAGACGCAGAUGGAUGCGCUGAACAAGAAAGUUCGGAGCAAGGUUGAUUGGCAUAUGAUGCCUUGUGUCACACUCAUGUUUUUGAUGAACUACCUCGAUCGCAUCAACGUCUCCAACGCUCGACUCGCUGGUCUGCAGGAAGAUCUUGGCAUGACUGAUACCGUUUGGAACGCUGGUAUUUCGACUUUCUACGUCGGUUACCUCAUUGGUCAAUUGCCCGGUAAUCUCCUCAUGGCCAAGACGAACCCCAAGUUCUUCCUGCCUACCAUCAUGCUCAUGUGGAGUGCGGGUACAAUCUGCAUGCCUGCUAUGACCAAUGGUGUUGGAUUCUGUGUCGUUCGCUUUUUCAUUGGUUUGAUGGAAGCUCCGUUCUUUCCUGGUCUGACUCUCAUGACUUCAUCUUGGUACACUAAAGAAGAAUCACCCUUCCGCAUGGCUAUCUGGCACGCUGGUAACACCAUAUCCAACAUCAUCUCUGGUUUCUUGGCUGCUGGUAUUCUCGAGCAUAUGGACGGUAUUGCUGGUAUGCACGCUUGGCAAUGGUUCUUCCUCAUUGAGGGUAUUGUGUCCAUUAUCGUUGCCGUCAUCUCGUUCUUCGUUCUCCCCUCUUGGCCCAACGACACCAAGUUCCUUGAUGAGCAGGAGCGUGAGAUGGCUCAGUACCGAAUUCUCGUUUCCAACGGUGGUAUUGAUGAGAAGGUUGGUGGAACUUGGGAUGGUGUUCGUGAUGCCGUCAAGGAUCCCUUCACCUGGUACUUCUGCCUCAUGCACUUUGCCCUCGUCACUGCUCAGAGCUUCAAGGAUUUCCUGCCUUCUAUCAUGAACACCUUUGGCUUCAACAAGAUGACCACCUACCUCAUCCAGGCCCCUCCCUACGCCCUCGCUUACAUCUCCGCCUGUAUCAUCGCCUGGUCCUGCGGUCACUUCAUGGAAUCAACAUACCACGUCGUCAUCCCCAUCAUCCUCUCUGCAGCUGGUUGCGGUAUUCUCAUCGGCACCAUCAACGUCGCUGCCCGAUACGUCGGUAUCAUCCUCCUCGUCUGUGGUACCUACAACGGUCUCAACUUGCAACUCUCGUGGGAAACAACCGUCGUUCCCGCUCCUCGUGCUAAGAAGGCCGCUCUUAUCGCCAUCGCCAACUGUAUCAGCCAGGUCAGCCAUUGGUUCAGCCCUUACUUCUACCCUCGAAGCCAGGAGCCUUUCUACCGCAUGGCUGGUGGUCUUCUUCUUCUCGGCUGUGCCUUGACUGUUCUCUCUGCUUUCCUUGUUCGAUGGAGGGCUCAGAAGCUUAACAAGAAGCUUGAUGAACAGGAGGGAUGGACUCCUAACUCUGGUGUUGAGCGUGGCUGGCGAUAUAAGUACUAAGUGUAUCUGAAGACUUUGGCUAUUAUGGACUGGAGUGAUGGGCUGGUAUCUGGACUGAGAAGCGUUUUGGGUAGCUUGAGUUGUCGUUUAUCCUUAUGAUUCAUCGUUACGAGUAAUGAAUAUGUUAGCGCUUCAUCUUCUACAGUGGCAUGCCAUUUGUGACUUGUUCCGUGCAGCAUGGUAUUUGGUCAUCAAUCGCAAUGAGUUCGCCGGUAUCGGCAAGGUAAAUCUG